GUUUACCUUGACAGGUGUGAUAAUAAACAGGGCAGAAGGCUCUCCCUCCCGGAACUCUGCAGCCUCAUCGGCUCUCAUUAUUUCAACAUCGGGGUUCGGUCCAACAUGGCGGCUUACGGAUGGAAAUACUGAUGACAGUCCGAAAGAUCGCCUCGAUUUGUACGAUGGUAAGGGCUCUGAGAUCGGUUCGGUUGGGUCCGGCCGGCUGGUGUCUGUCUGGGCUGAGGACGCUAAGCUAGCUGCUGUGUUAGCCUGUUUGCUAACCUCUCUCUCUCUCUCGGGGCAACAUGAUAAUAACACACAGACAGGGUUUAUUAAAAGUUACACAGCCCAGUGUGGUAACCGGCGCUUCUCUGACCGUGAAGAUAACCCACUUUGACUCAUAAACACGGGGGUAAUGUGACUGGACCGGGCGGUUCUGACAGUUUUAACAGCCCGUUUUGGUAGUUUGUUGAUGCUGGAAGAAGGGCAGGGUUGACCAACGGGCGAAAACUAGCUAGCUUUAGCCUGCUAGACUAACGGCUGUUGGGACAAAGUUGUCUAUUCACCAGAAAUUCCUUAUUAAGGUCAUUUUAAUCAUUUUAUUACUUUAUUUUAUAAGCUUACAAACAUUAGGGGGGUUAAUAUCUGAACUUUUAGGCAUUAUAAACAACCUACAACUGGAACUGCUGCCUCUUAGCAAACUAAUAUUUGUAUUUUUGUAAGUUUUCAAUCGACUAUUGCAGUUAUUUUAACAAUUCAUACAUAGAGUAUUUCACUCAUAAUGAAAUAGAGGAUAAUCUAUUGGUAAACUCUAAUAGCCUGUUAUAAUGUAUUUGCUAAUAAUCAAACACUGAGCCUGUUAAAGUAGAAUAAUCACAGUUUAAAGCUACUAUAAGGAGUUUUUCGACACUUGUGAAAUGGGCUAAUACUAAUACUGAUGUGACCACAUGACUUGUGGUGCGAACCGGAUCAUAAAUGUUAAGAUUACUAACAGCUUUAUGGUUAUUUUUGAUGUAUUAAACGGUGAAUGGAGGGGAGUUGGUAAGGUGUUAGAGAGAUUUACUAACUGUAAAUUACAGAGAUGGCCUUAAGAAGGACUUCUGAUGAGUGAUAAAGGGAUAUUCUUGCGUAAAAUUAAUUCUCUAGUUAUACCAACUUUAGUAAUGACCGCACGAUAGCAAUACAGAAAGCCGCAUGCUUAACCAAAACACCACUCUAUAGCCACAAAUAAUGCUCAGAACAGCACCUAACUUCAUCAACAGGACAUAUAGGGUCACAGCCAUAGUACUAGCCACCAAACUAAUUUCUUUACCAAAGAGACUAAACACAACUCACCUACUCUCUUCCACAGGCCCAUUACGACAGUGUUGUUUAUCAUCAACGCCCCUAUUUUUUUCCACGACUAAGACGUGAUGUUGACGAACUAAACAUAAGUCUUAGAUAACUAAAAUGUGACGAGACGAAUGAUCAUUUACGUUGACGACGCAAGACUAGACGAAAACGUUAGUGGUGGAUGAUGAACAGAGUUGCAGAAUUCAUGAAAACAGCACUGCAUUACGGACUACAGCGGGGUUUCGCAGCUCAAGGAAGAACAUUUAUAAUCGUUUCUUCAUGGAAAUACAAUCAGACCGAGACGCUGAGGCAGAAGAACUACCGCGUCUGAUAUGAUCAUAAAUGUUCUUCCUUGAGCUGCGGCACCCCGCUGUAGUCCGUAAUGGACUGGCCCGAGAUCUCGCUACAAACAAGCGGCUGCUGGAAGAGAGUAGGUGAGUUGUGUUUAGUCUCUUUGCUAAAGAAAUUCAGCAAAGUUAAAAAGUUAAAACAAAAAAAGUGAUAAUUUUUUUUUUUUUGUGAGGAAGCAUGAAAUUGUAAAAUAGUGACCUGCCAUCAAUCUGAUUUGGGACGAUGCUGUGGUAUCUUAUGACUUGUUUGAGGUGCUGUGCACUUGUUUUGGUACAAGUAUGAAGUCAGGUGUUAACUUUACAAACAGGGGGAAAAAAACAGCAAAUGAAAAGUUAAGUUUGACCAAAGUGAGGCUGUAAAACUGGAAGUAUGAUGGCGUUUCCAGCAAAUCGAUGAUACCUGAGUAGGCUGCCAUGCCUCUGUCCUCGCACGACGCUACAUCUUUAACAAGUCAGCUAAUCUGACGUCCACACUUGUGCUUGUGUUUUGUUUUUGGUGUCUUCAUAAAACAUGCUGGUGAUUAAUAUUUUCAAAGAUCUGAUGUUUUAAGGUAAGAGAACUGGUCGUCAAAUUGGUAGCUGUGUAAAAAGAAACACCCACAGACUGUUUUUAAUUUAAACCCACAGGAAAAGUAGCCAAAUGAAACUGCCUUUUAGGUUCAGGUCGAACAGAGUUCAAAUGAAGGUUUCAUAUCAGCCAGUAUAAGAUAGAUAAGGAGCGUUUGGAGCGGUGAAUCAUGCAAAGCAAAAGGUCAAACUGAGUGUCAGAGGUCUCACACUUCAUUCGACGUUUCCUGUCAUGGGAUACACACCUUCAAUGUUUCCUCGACAUUAAAACUGAGCCAAGGUUCAGUCUGCGGUUCACAGGAUGACAGAAAAUAAUAAGAGUCACUUCUCGAGUGUUUUUUUCUCUCCUCUUCGCAAUUUGAUGAUAAUUCUUCCACCGUCUUUGGUUCCCAGUAAACCGUGAAAGCCUCUCGCCGGGUGUUUAGCUCCACAUCUUAAGUGCUUUUACGUCUGAGGCGGUCCACUUAACAGCUUUGAAAAUAUGAUCCUCGAUUGAUUCUUGUUGUGAAAUAGUGGGAGACGGUCAGAGUGGGCUGGAGCACCUUGAUUGCGGAGGGGAAAUCUGCCUGUUGAUGCUCUUUUACAGCGGGGUUUAGCUCCCAGUUGAAGGACAGGGCCGUGUUUAGCAGGUUGUAACUUUAAAGGUCAAAGUUGAGAAGCAGUAGACGCUCCGACUCUUGCUUUAUUUGCUCUCUCGGUGUUAAUGUGGCGGCGUUGUCUUUGUUGAUUCUGGAGUAAAGUGGUGAAGUGACAGAGGCGGGCAGGAGAGCUUAAAGCGGGAAGAUUAACUUCAGAGUGAAACUUAUCCGGUUUUUCUCUUCCCCCGACAGACGGCUCGGCAGAUGCCACAGAGAAGUCGGUUGAAUUUAGCGUGUGUGAUCUGAAGCCCUAAACUUCGCCUCUGUCGCUGGUACCUGCCCGGUGUUUUCAGCACCGCACAGACAGCCGGCUGUGUAACCCAUUUAAGUGUGAAGUCCAGCCGGCAUUGUGGCAAAUUAGCAGCAGCGACCAGCCCAACACUAACAAGGCUGAACAUUAGCUCUGUCUCUGGCAGGGCUGUUGGGUCUGUUUGCCAUUUUGGCAGCCUACGAGUUUCUGCCUGGAAGGUCUUUGCUUUUUCAGAAAAUCAAUUUUUUGUGGUGAAGGCGUGAAAGUCACCAGGAGGACGGCGAAACCACAGCAGAGCAGUUUGAUCUCAGUAUCAAUAAUGUAGGAGAGGAAAAACUCCCAAACAUGAACGUAUCCCAACUUCAAACUAUAAAUCUGUUUUAAAGAGAACGUCGGCUUUAGUGUUUCAUGACCGCAGCUUUUUAAAUCAUAUACGUGACUCUACAAAUUUGAGAGAAAUUGACAGACAGAAUUUAGUGCCAACUGAUUGGUUCUUAAACAGUUAUUCAAAUGUUCAGUACCUCUGUUUGAGCUGUUUCAGACUGAACCAACAGUACCUAAGCUGAACGUAAACAUUUCAGCUUUCAGCCAAAUGAAACAGGAGCACCGGUCAGUACAAAACUAAUUUCUUUAGCAAAGAGACUAAUCAUAUAUGUUCUUCCUUGAGCUGCGAAACCCCGCUGUAGUUCGUAAUGGACUGGUCCAAGGUCUCGCUACAAACAAGCGUCUGCUGGAAGAGAGUAGGUGAAUUGUGUUUAGUCUCUUUACUAAAGAAAUUAGUCAAAGUUAAAAGAUGUUUGGUGUCUAGUUCUAUGUCUGUGACCCUAUAUGUCCUGUUGAUGAAGUUAGGUGCUGUUCUGAGCAUUAUUUGUGGCUAUAGAGUGGCGUUUUGGUUGAGGUUAGUUCAUGGCACCUCAGACCGCUGUAUAUUGCUAUCGUGCGGUCGUUACUAAAGUUGGUAGUAGAGAAGCAAGCGGUCGGCAACAUUCAUCUCUUGAGGGUCUAACUCGCUGUUGGAAAUUCAGUCUUGUUUUAGUGACCAAGUUCAUUCGGAUCAGCAGGAACCAGCUCUUUUAGCUCUCGGACAACUCUUAAAGAGACGGUUUUUGAAAGCCGAGUCCUUUACAGCUGAUACACUUCCUGUCUUAGCAUAGAUACUGUCUGUUUCCUCAGUGCUGUGUCCCUUCAGUCAAGUCAAGUCAAGAAGGGCUGGGCGAUAAAUAGAAAAUUUACGAAUACCGAAAUUUACAACAAUUUAAGACGUCAUUUUGCCCAUAUUGGUAUAGUCAGUGUCAAGUUGGUUUUGGAUGUGUGUAGGUAGGCUAUGGUCUUAUGACCCUUUAAGACACUGUCCUAUGUCAGAGAUGUGACUCCGCCCCAUCCAGUCUGUAACAAAGAGGGAAAGACAGGUGAGGAGAUGGAGGACGGUUCAAAAGUUGUAGCGGCUGAAGUAGACAAAGUUAAUGUGGGAGGGGGUGAGCAGCUUGUGGAGUAGUUAUCGUCCAUUUAUCAUUAUUGAGGUGAACUGAUCAAUAUAUCGUGAUAUUGAUUUGAGGCCAUAUUGCCCAGCUCUAAAGUCAAGAAUGUGAAACAGGUCUGGUCUGAUGAGUUCUGAGGAUAUUCAAACGUGAAUAGCUCCAGUUUUUCGUCUCCGCACUCUGCUGCACAGAUCUGUACUGUGCACUCUCAUCCUGAUGUCCCUAAAUUCAGUCCACAUCCAUGUGGACACGUCUCACCAGACUAUUAAGGAGUUGACAGGUUUCAGUUCAUCAAGCUCACAUCUGGGAAAAGCAGCGAUUCAGAAAGCGGAAAGGUCACCGUCUUUCUGUUUACCCAGGUGACCAUUCUGCCAGAGCGUCCCGGGGUUCGAACAUGUUGACGGCUCUCGUUGAGCACGUAUUGUUUCCCAGACUCCUCUCUGUUUGCCUUUCCAGCUUUUUGUUUACAACCCCGCACUGUGCGGACGCCGUGUUGUCGGAUAAAUAACCUCGGCUGUGUGUUUGCUCGCCGGCCCGCUGGUGUUGACUGUAGCGAUGAGUAACAGCGGCGUGGAUCAGUUGAUGUAGUCACUCAGCGGGUCUGGAGGGAAACAUGCAUCAGGGUGACUGAUGAUGUGCCUUUUAUAUCACAAACCGAACGACAGCGUCUGAUUGGACGAGAGCGCUGAAGACUUAAAUCUUAUGAUCGUCAAUGAGAGCGCUUAUGCAAUCUCCUGGAGUGAAGAGGUGGUUUGAGAACACAGAAAAAAAAACAGUUUUUAUAUGUUCAUGUUGUUUCUGCACUUGCAUAAGCGCCGUCAUGUAACAGGAGUGACUUCUCAAAGUUUGAAAUAUGUGUCGUAAAUGAGAAAAGCAGGAAACCAGCUGCGGCAAAACAGAUGGUUGGAGAAGUGGAGCAGGAAAAACAAAACAAUGGAGGAGGAAACGAGGACAGAGGAUGGAGAACUCCACAACAACAGUUUUCACCAAAAGUGCGAAAUGAUCCUUUAAUCGUUUCUCUUCUCCCUCCUUUAGGGCGCCAAUGCCUCUGCCUUGGAAAAGGAGAUUGGACCGGAACAGUUUCCCGUUAAUGAACACUACUUUGGACUGGUCAACGUGCGUGUCCCUCUCAAACACAAACACAAACAUAAAAACAAAAUCAUUUUUAGUCUUCAGUCAGAGUGUGCGUCUCAUCCUGUGUGUGUUUGUCCUUUUUUUUGUUGUUCCAGUUUGGAAACACCUGCUACUGUAACUCAGUGCUGCAGGCUCUCUACUUCUGUCGACCGUUCAGGGAGAAGGUGUUGGCAUACAAGGUAAGUGAUGAGAGAGAGAGACUUCAGUCAGAACAGGAACAGAAGACGAGCGGCUGAAAGAGUCCACUCAAACACGUCCAGAAAUAACACAGUGGACUGAGAGGAGGACAAAGAUUUUAGAUUUUAUGCUACGAUUGUAUAAAACAGGGUUUCAUCUGUGUCUUAUUAAAGUAUUUAAAUCAAUUUUGCUACAAAACAAUCGGCCGGUGAAUCAGACGUCACAACAACACGCAAUCUGAUUGGUCAGAAGUGGACACACAGUAUGUGAAACUUUAGAAAAAUCGACCGUCAUAUAAAAAAAUAAAUGCAGCUAUAUUGCAGGACGGGAAAACGUUGCUGAUGUGAACGCUUGUAUUGACAGGAUACGGGUUCGGAAAAUAAUAUUGACGUCCGAAAUAAUCGCACGAAAAAACCUUAAGUCCUAAAUUUUGAAGGUAUUUUUUCUUAAUUUUCUGUCCAAGAGUUUGGGUCCUAAAAACUUCGUAAACGUGUAAACAUUUGUGCGUUUCCGUAAAAAACAAAGAUAAACCGGUACAGAAAACAACUACGCUAUUAUCUCAGAGAGCGCCAGAGUGCACUCCAAAAUCCACAAAGUGCAUAUUACGAACGCACCUAUGUCACAUGACGCACUCAGCGCACAAAAACGGAAGAGAAGGCUCGGUGAACGGUCAUGGGAAAGAUCGAGUUUGAGGAGUCCUGGCUUGACCUGCCGGACUUUACAGGACGGCUGCGGCCAGUGGAGCGGAAUACCGAGGAGGCGUAUCGUAGAACGUGCAAGAAGAGGUUGAACAUCGUGUCUACGGGAAUUAAGGCAUUAAAGUCCAACAUGUGUUGCGCUAGCCACAAAGCCGCACCUGAACCUAACGUUACGGCUGCGACCUCGGCUCACUCUCCCUCCUCAUUUUCUGCUGCUGGGCGGAAGAGUAACGAAAAUUCGGCCAACGUUUUCAGGGCGAUUGUUUCCCGAUUCAGACAUAGCCAAGACUUUUGCUUGUGUUACGAACAAAUCUGGUCACAUUAUACAAUUCCGCUUAGCACCAAACUGGAUACUAAAUUUGAUCUAAAUGCUUAUACUAAACGGUUACAUAUUGAAGUGGCGGUGAGGUAUUAAAAAAUAUUGUGAUGGUCUUAAAAAAGUCUUAAAAAGGUUUUAAAAUUAGCUUCAGGAUUUCUGAUUUUUUUUUCAGGUGCAGCCGCGGAGAAAGGAGUCCCUCCUCACCUGCCUGGCCGAUCUGUUCAACAGCAUCGCCACGCAGAAGAAGAAAGUGGGCGUCAUCCCGCCUAAGAAGUUCAUCUCUCGACUGAGGAAAGAAAAUGGUUAGCGUCUCAUUUCAGAGUCUCCAAACCCUCAAAUUAAAGCGUAUUUAUUUCGAGUCGACGUGCAGCUGCUGCAGCAGAUCACGUUUGGUAAAUCAUUCCGGGGAAACAUCCAUGAAUGAAAGAGUGAAACGUCCUUUGCGAGUAAUUUGGGAGGAGAUCGAUGAAAGGAAAAAGGGAGAAAAGUGUGAAGGAGGAGGGUUAUCUGCGCUGAUGAGGAACUCAAACCGUCAGCCAAAUCCUGCAGCUGAGAGCAGAUGAACUUAAUUAGCUCUUCUUCUUUUCUGCUUCUUCCUGAUGCCGUGUGUUUUGUCUUCAUUUCCGACCCAUCUGUGCUCCGCUGUAAAUUCUCUCUUUUUUUCCUCAGAGCUCUUUGACAAUUACAUGCAGCAGGACGCCCACGAGUUCCUCAACUACCUCCUCAACACCAUCGCAGACCUGCUGCAGGAGGAGAAGAGCCAGGAGAGGCAGCAGAACGGGAAGCUGGUGCAGAACGGAGGAGGAGGAGGAGGAGGAGGAGGAGGGAGUACAGGAGGUGGAGGAGGAGGAGGGAGCGGGAGCGAAGGAGGAGGAGGAGGAGAGGGGGAAGGAGGGAAGGAGACGCAACAGACGUGGGUGCAUGAGAUCUUUCAGGGGACUCUGACCAACGAGACGCGCUGCCUCAACUGUGAAGCUGUGAGUGAGAGGAAGACCUUUAGACAGGAUCUGAAAGAGUCGAAUCUUAGACCAGGACUAGAACUAGAAAUAAUAUGUAAUCGGAAUCGGAAUCGUUCAAAAUCAAACGAUACCCAACCCUACUGUUAAGGGCCCUGAAAAAUCAUGUUUCCAUAGCCGGUGUCUCUGCUUGUGUUUCAGGUGAGCAGCAAAGAUGAAGACUUCCUGGAUCUGUCUGUAGACGUGGAGCAGAACACCUCCAUCACACACUGUCUAAGGUAGUAGAACCGCGACGGUCUGAUGGUCUGAUGGUCCGAUCCAUCAACCACGCCCGGGCUCUAACGCUCCGUCGAUAUUCUGAAAAAUUGAAUUAGACGCCGAGAGUUUUAGGACUUCAAAAUGCUUUUGACACGUCUCACUAAAUGUGUGUUUCUGUGUGUGUUUGUGUUUGUGUGUGUUUACAGAGGCUUCAGCAACACAGAGACAUUAUGCAGUGAAUACAAAUACUACUGUGAGCAGUGUCGCAGCAAACAGGAAGCCCAGAAGAGGUGAGUGUCGGUGAAAACGAAACACCUUCAUUUGGUCUUUUUUCUAUCUAAUCCUAUUUUUGAAGUUGUUUGUUCGAGACGAAUAAGAUAUUUAGGGCCUGUGUCCACUAACAGCGUUUUUAUUGAGCCCCAGUUCAGCAGCUGCUGUCGUCAAACUACAAAAUUUGUAGCCAGCUUUUAAUUAGUUUAAUUCUACGAGGAAAAUGUACAACAUUAUCAAAAAAACAGCAUUAUCAAAAGAUAAUUUUGGCCAAAAACUUACUUUCUUCAAAAAACAACAUAGGCCGUUUUUUUAUAUAUAUAAAUGUGUAUAUAUAUAUAUAUAAAAUAAUAUAUAUUUAUAUAUAUAAAUUUGUAUAUAUAUAUAUAUAUAUAUAAAAUAAUAUAUAUUUAUAUAUAUAAAUUUUUAUAAUUAUAAAUUUAUUUAUGAUAUAUUGGCAGCUCUCCCUGACUUGAUGCUCUCAGUGGACACAGGCCCUUACGAUCCUACAAUCACAGCAGAUGUAAAGUGGUGUCACGUUCUGUUGAAAUGCUUUAUUUCAGACUCCGGUUGAUUCUUGUUUUCCCAGUUUUUAGAGCUCCCUGGUGAAAUUGCCUAAAUCCUUAGUUAAAAGGAUCAUACCAUGGGGAUUAAGGUGAUUUUAUCAGAGCUGGCCAGACUUAAUGCUGUCAGUGGACACAGGCCCUUACAGUCCUAUUAUCCUAUCCUAGUCCUAUUAUUUUAAUAGGGUGACGUUAUAAUUAAAAGUUUUAUAAAACAGGAAUUUGUCCAGGAACCUUAAUGUAGAAAAGAAAUAUUUAUGCAGCUCUUCCUGACUUAAUGCUGUCAGUGGACACAGGCCCUUACAAUCCUACAAUCACAGCAUUUAUUAAUCAUGUUGUGUUUAAGUGCUUCAUUUCAGACUCUGGUUGAUUCUUGUUCCCCCAGUUUUUAGAGCUCCCUCUCAGCUGUUAUAAAUGACACUGAAAUUACACGGACUCAUGUGCAGAUGCUGAAAAUACCCCCCUGCUGUGCCUCCACACGCCCCUUUUGUUUAACCGCAGCUAAAUGCAGACUCUGGUCACACUCUGGUUUUUCUAAGUAGACAUGUACGGCUUCUGGUUGUUCCAUUAGACUUCACCCUUCAAACCACAUGAGAAGUGACUACAGCGGCUAGAGGAGCUCUUCCUGUCACUUUCUGAUAAGCCGUUUAUUCUUACCAGCUACACGCCGGGUCUGAAAAACCACCGAGAGUUCAGCUCUGCACGCAGUGACGAGAAAGUUUCUGUCCACACGUCUUUUUUUGUCUGAAUCAGCAAAGAGCGUCUUUGAACAUCCAUUAGUGUGAAAGGACCACAUUAAGAGGAACACAGAGCUUCUUCUGGUUCCCUGUAGGAGGUCUGGUACAGCAUGGAGAGCUUUUAGCCGCUCAGGUUUUUAGGGACAGAUCCACCUCGCUGACUUUGUUCUGCUCCCCUCCUGCUGGAGUCUUUCUCUUUGUGUUUAAUCGUCCUAUAAUUACAAACUUCUGAUUAUCUAGUUCAGGUGAAAACUAAAAACCCUCUCUGCCUCUAAAACCUUCUCUGCGUCUCCGUCCUCUCUGUCAGGAUGCGGGUAAAGAAGCUCCCGAUGAUCCUCGCCCUCCACCUGAAGCGCUUUAAGUACAUGGACCAGCUGCACCGCUACACCAAACUGUCCUAUCGCGUCGUCUUCCCUCUGGAGCUCCGCCUCUUCAACACAUCCGGGGACGCCACCAACCCUGACCGCAUGUACGACCUGGUGGCCGUCGUUGUACACUGUGGAAGGUACACGCCUCCUCUAACAAGAUAUUAUCUUGCGUGAACAGAAUAACAAUCAUGUGGGAGCAAGUUAUUAACAUGUGAUCACAGUUGACCAUCUCACUCUAAUAAAAUGCAAUCUAGUGCGCACAGGUUCAUAUCUUGCGCAUUUUUUUUUUCCAAGCAAAGUAAUUAAAAUGAGCCCACAAGUAAUUGCAAAACAAUUACAUAUUCUCGCAAGAUGAUUAAACGAUAUGCACCAGAUAGACACAACAACAAAUUGUAAUCUAGUGCGCGCAGAUUCAUAUCUUGCGCAUUAACGUUUUUAAUUUUAACUUUUAGGUUUUUAAUCCUGUGCACAAGAUUUUUUUCCUCAAGCUAGUAUCUUGUUCAGGCAAGAUAGUCUUUAUGUGUGCACCAACAUAAGUUUUCAUCUUGUCCUCAAAAAUUAAGUAUCUUGUGCUUUUAAGUGACAUCUUUCAAGAACAAGAUAACUAACAUGGCUAGUUUUAGGAGCGUGUGGUUAUGUUGUUGGACAUUCAGUUAUCUUGUUCAUACAGGAUAACUUGUGUGUAAAUAUCUUUGCAAGAUAAUUCCAUAUUCUAGCAGGAUAAUGAAACAAUAUGCACCAGAUAGUUUACAACAAAUAGUAAUCUGGAGUUUACAGGUUCAUAUCUUGCGCAUCUACGUAAUCUCCUUUGGUACGCAAGAUUUUUCUUCUCAGUGAAAUAGUUAAAAUGUGCCCACAAAAUAGUAUCUUGUUCAAACAAAUGUAUGUGUGCACGAAAACUUUUUUUGUAUCUUGUCCUCAAAAAUGAAGUAUCUUGUGCUUAAAAGUGACCUAUCUUGCAAGUACAAGAUAAGUUACACUUGUUAUAACCUGUGCCCAACAGCCAAUCACAUGUGUUCUCAACAUUGUUAGUUUAAGAGCAAGUAAUUAUGUCGUGAAUUUAUGUUCAAACAAGAUAAGUUGUGCACAUAAGAUCAGAAUGUCUUUGCAAGAUAAUCAGAUGUUUUUACAGGAUAAUUAAACGAUUUUCACCAGAUAGUUGACCUGUUUCCACAGAUUCAUGACAUGUUUGCACAAAUAACUUCAUUAUACAAGAUAAUGAUCACAAUAAUGUUACCCUCUUGUAUGCGCCAGAUGAGCUCUUUUUUGCACAAGAUACAAAAAUUAGCUUUUUGGGCUUAGGUAACAAAGGUCAGGUGACACCUUUUGGUUCAUUGAAUCAGCCGCAGCUGUCAGCUGAUGAUCAGAUCAUCACGUGUGAGUUUUAAGUCUCUUGGUCUUCAGGUGAGUUUGGUGUGAUCUCACAGACGGGUUUUUCUCAGGAGUAGAAACAGGAAACAGACGCUGACAUGCUGCUGCUGCUGUCUGUCACUCACUCACUCCAUCAAAGGGAUUACUCGGUUCUUUAGAGGAGCAGAUUUCAGCUGAGCGGUUUCUCUGUGAAGCUCUCUGCUCUUUCAAACUCAGCAGGUGGAGUUUGUUUUUUUAGAGAUUUCUCCAAAGUUCAGCUGCAGAUUGAACCCUGAGUAACAGUCUCUCUCUCUCUCUCUCUCUCUCUCUCUCUCUCUCUCUCUCUCUUCUGUCUGCAGUGGUCCAAACCGCGGACACUACAUCACCAUCGUGAAGAGCCACGGCUUCUGGCUGCUGUUUGAUGACGACAUCGUAGAGGUGAGGGUCAGAUCUUCACGCCGGAUUAGAGCUGUGUCUUUGUCUGACUGCUUGCUUUUCUAGUUAUACCAACUUUAGUAACGACCGCACGAUAGCAAUACACAGACAAACAAACCUUAACCAAAACGCCACUCUAUAGCCACAAAUAAUGCUCAGAACAGCACCUCAACUCACUCAACUCAACUCAACUUUAUUUGUAGAGCACUUUAAAACAACCACAGCUGUACAAAGUGCUGUACAUAACAGGACAAAAACAACAAGAUAAAAAACAAUCAAGAAACAAUUAAAACAAUGGAUAAAAUAAAAGCAGAAUUAAUAAUAAAAUAUAGCUUCAAUGUUUUUAAAAACUAAUUUAAAAACAUAGAAACAAAUAACUAAAAACAAACCAACUUCAUCAACAGGACAUAUAGGGUCACAGACAUAGUACUAGACACCAAACAUCUUUUUAACUUUGACUGAUUUCUUUAGUAAAGAGACUAAACACAACUCACCUACUCUCUUCCAGCAGCCACUUGUUUGUGGCAAAACCUUGGGCCAGUCCAUUACGGACUACAGCGGGGUUUCGCAGCUCAAGGAAGAACAUUUAUGAUCAUUUCUUAAUCAUUUCCAUGAAGUAAUAAUCACCAUAUUAAUCCUUUUUCACUGCAGACGCUGUAGUUCUUCUGCUUUACCAUCUCGGUCUGAUUGUCUUUUCAUGAAGUAAUAACCAUAAAUGUUCUUCCUUGAGCUGCGAAACCCCGCAGCAAACCCUACUGUUCUGAGCAUUAUUUGUGGCUAUAGAGUGGUGUUUUGGUUGAGCUUUGUUUAUGGCUCCUCAGACCGCUGUGUUUUGCUAUUGUGCGGUCGUUACUAAAGUUGGUAUAACUAGAGAAGCAAACAGGGUGUCUAACUCUAACUCUAACUAACUGUUAUGGUGUAACUAAAUUAAUUUUACGCCGGAAUAUCCCUUUAAGUCUCCAGCAGGUACCUUUCACCACCGCCCUCAAACUAAAUCUUCCCCUGUUCGUUUCCAGUUUCUCCGUUCUUUCCUUCCAAACAAGAAACAGUCGUCAUGCCUCAGUCUCAGGAUGCCGGAGAUGCUCAAUAUUAGAUGGAGAUUUCUCUGUGAUGAAAACAAAAGCUGCUUUGAAACUGUUACACAACAAAGUUCAGCCGCAGUGACGUUUUUUUUGUUGUUUUUGUUUUGUUCUGCCGGCACAGACCUCCCCAAAGAUCCCUCAUGUUUACGGCUUUUCUGUAUAUAAACAGUUGCUAAGGCGGAGAACAGAAAGAGGGUUUAAAGAAGUUUUAAAAGUAGUCCUGGUCCUUCAAAAUACAUCGUUUUUGUGUUUUGCAUCAACCCCCUAAAAGUCGUCCAAAGUUUCCCCACUUUGUCCCCGGCAGACAGGAAUUUCAAACCGGCGUCCGUCCAGCCUCUCCGUGUAGAUCCUGGCGCUUUUGAGUAUUGUGUCUGGAUUUCCUGCGACCCAGAUACCUUCACCUGCGCUAAAUAAUGAGGAGCUAACGUGGAGUUCAGCCACGGGGAUCCGAUUAGGAAGCCAGGACGGCGGAUGAAAGGGGUUCAGAGAGGAGAAAGAAAACAAGGAGAAGUGGAAAACCUGCGUCCGAUUAGAGCGGAGGAUCGGCCCGGAGCCCCGCGGAUGAGAUCUGGAAUGAGAAUAAUGUUGGGCCUCCUGGUGCUCUUCCCCCUCUCGCUCUCGUUAAUCAUGCUCACCAUCUACCUGCGUCAGAUUCCCUUUUAAUUAAAACAUUAUUCAGCGCACUUAUGCAGUUUGAAACCAGACAUCACAUCGAGCAGGGAGACCUGGACGGCACAUCAUGUUCAGAAAAUGAAAAACACGACAGGCUGCUGCUCCGUCUGCUCCUCUCUCUUUUUUAAUUUUUAAAAACUUUUGCUUUUUUUUUUCACUUUUAUACUAAAAAAGGAGCAAAAGUUACAAAAAUCCAGAUCCAGAUUCAAGGUCUGUGCGUUUUCCUGCUCCUUCUGUUAUUCCGCAGCUUCUGCCAUCAAACCAUCUGUUCUCCGCUGACAGGAGAAAACAUGGCAGCCCACACAGACGGUCUGACACCCUCAGAGCAUGUGUGAUAGCGCUCAGCUAACCGCUUCCAGCUCCUGCCUCUGCACGCCGCCGUCGUCGCCAUGACUAACAUGACAGAUGCAACAGUUCACAUUAAGACAGCAGCAGCAGACUUUAAAAGAUACACAAACACACGUCGUCGUUCGCCAAUAGUAUGAUGUAGCUCUGGAGUUAUUGGCGUUAAACCACACGGACACGCAGCCAAAGCCUCGGCUCGCUGCAGCUGCAGCAGCCGGCCAACCUUUCACUUUGUUAUUUUCCAUCUUCACGCCAAAAAGAACAGCGAGCAACGGCGGUGGAGCUAUCAGCGGUUAACUGAGCGUGCUGCCCAGACAGUAAACACUCUAGGGUCUAUACAGGGGCGUGCUUAGACUAUUUUGACUGGGGUGGCCCUAGGGUUGUAAAGGGGUGGGAAAUUUUCGGUAACUUUCCAGAAACUUUCUAUGGGAAGUUAAGCUGGGGGAUUUUGGAAAUAUUCCAAAUUGGAAACAAAACACUAAUGCAAUGGCAGGAACAGAAAUAUAGUUGGAUAAACAACUGGAAUGGUCUGGAAAACAGUAUCACAUUUGAGGAAGCUACCACCCCCAUAAGCUAGCCCCUUAAAUAGUCAAUAAAAUUAAAAAAAAUUUAUAUUUUCCCUAACUAUAUUUAAGUUCCCUAAUGAGGGCCAACCUUCAAUUUUAUAAAUUUUGGAUUUAUUCCCAUUAAUUCCCACAUAUUCCCAUUAAUUCCCACAUAUUCCCAUUAAUUCCCAUAUUUUCCCACUAAUUCCCAUUAAUUCCCACAUAUUCCCUUUAAUUCCCACAUAUUCCCAUUUAUUCCUGUUAAUUCCCACUUAUUCCUGUUAAUUACCGUUAAUUCCCACACAUUCCCGUUAAUUCCCAUAUAUUCCCACAUAUUUCCUUUAAUUCCCAUUUAUUCCCACACAUUCCCUUUGAUUCCCAUAUAUUCCCACAUAUUCCCUUUAAUUCCCACAUAUUCCCACUUAUUCCCGUUAAUUCCCACACAUUCCCACACAUUCCCACACAUUCCUUUUAAUUCCCACACAUUCCCACUUAUUCCCGUUAAUUCCCACAUAUUCCCAUAUGUUUCCAUUAAUUCCCAUAGAAAUUUUCCAACUUUGAAAAUCCACGGAAUUUUGCAGCCCUAGGUGGCCCAGUCCGGGUGGCCAGGGUAUCUGUGUACAGUGACUCAAAAAUUUAGUUACAUAAAUCGUCUUGAAAUUCACAGCAACCCGUUGCCCGCCUUUUACAAAUCAGAAGAAUUGAAAUGGGAGAAAAGCAUAUUAUCCCAGCCCUAAUAGUUCGUUUAGGGGUGGUCUGGAAGCUUUUGUGGUUCGAGUAAAAAAUCUACCAAAGACAGGGCAAAAUUUUACAAAGUUCAAAUCUUCAUUCACAGAAAAAUCAAAAUUUCUGAACUUUUAUUUUAAAAUGUUGAUUUGAUGUAAAUCUGCAGUGUGAGCUCAGACCGCUCUGUCACUGAUGAUUAAAACUGAUCACGUCUCCUUCAGUGUGUUUUUCCACUUUGACGGAAACAUCUGCUCCAGUGAAGAGAAACCGGUCUGUUGAUUUCUGCUGAGUUUGCUGAACAGAAGCACAAAAUUUUCAUUUUUUAUGGUUUGUGGAGGUUUACUCUCCUCGUCUGGAUCACCACUUUCCUUAAGUCUGAAUUUUUUUCUGUCUUUUUGGGGUUUUAGCCCCAAAUUGAGACAGUCUCCUCCACCGAGUUUCUGGAAAUUUCUUGUCCGCAUACUCAGGAUUUAGCUGAGAAUGAAAUCUAAAGCCCCCGUGAAACAGUUACAAAUCAAAUUCCAGCAGCAUAGCAGUGAACUGAAGCAGAGAACUCAGUGUUUUGCCAACACAGACCUCCUCAAAGAGCCGACAUGUCUUCAGAUUAUCUUUGAACAAAGAUUUAACAAGGUUUGGGAGAGGAGAUCACUGAGAUGUGGUUUCUGUUUCGAUGCCUGGGCAAGAAAAGGCGUUUCAAGACGUGACAAAAAAACAUUAAGAUUUUUGAUUAGUGAUGGGCACGGUAGUUCUUUUAGAUGUACUGAAUCACUAGAAUCAGUUCACUAAAAAGAUUUGUUCAAAAGAUUCGUUCACCAAAUCACAGAAUCACUUAACCCUUGGUGACCCCGACCUCCUGAACUGAUACACAGCUGAACGUGUCAGGAUUCAGUUCAGUUCAUAGUUUCUGGGACUCAGAAAUGAGAAUGUUUGGCUGUGUUGCUUCGGCAAAAAAGUCAUGCUCAGUAACUGAUUCGUUCACUAAACGUUUAGAAGAAUUCACACUGAACAGUCACCGUUUCCUCGCAAACGGCUGCGGGUUUAAUGCACUAUUUGUUACAUGCUGUGUCCUAUUGUAUGCAAGUUGUUGUCAUGGCAAUUUAGCAAUCAAAAAGAAAAAAAGGGUAGUUUUGUCCGACAAAAAUGAUUCCAGAGAGUGUAGUUCAUGCGUGAUUCGUUCACAAAGUGAUUCAAGGCGUCUGUGCAUGUGGGUCCUUGUUUGCUGGCUGCUGGCCUGGCAAUACUGUAAUAAACAAGAAAUGAACGAAUCACUCGAGGAAGUGAUUCGGUUCUGUACAUUCACUUAAAAGAUUCGGUUCUUUCAAAUGAAUCGUUCUUGAACAACACAUCACUAUUUCUGAUCAGUUUGAGGGAGGCUGCAGGAGGAUCUAUGCAAGUUUUGGUUUGUGUUAAAUAGACUGGUUUAAACUUUUCUCUUUCGGAAGUAAACGUCGUAUUUUUCAACUCUUGUUUUGCUUGAUUCUCUUGUAGAAAAUCGAUGCACAGGCGAUCGAGGAGUUCUACGGUCUGACGUCGGACAUCUCCAAGAACUCGGAGUCGGGAUACAUCCUGUUCUACCAGUCCAGAGACUGAACCAGCCAGCGGUAAAUCCCCAACAGACUGUCACUCAACAGAAGGGGAGGGGCUAAAGGCUGCCACAGGCUCCGCCCAGUACGCUCACAUAAGUAUCCAGGCUUUAUUCCCUGCAGGCGGAGCUUUGCACCGGAGCGCCACUGGGAUCGCUGUCGAGACGUGCGCAGGUUGCAUGCCAGCCUCCUGGAUUACGAGCGCCAUACUCCUCUGAGCCCUCACUGCAGAAACAAAGCACCUUAAAACAAAAGACGGCCGAUUCUAUAACACUCGCUUCGCACUGGGGCUUCAGCUGGGAGGACUGGAGCGACGCCAAAUCCAAGAGGCUGACAUCGCCAUACGCAUGGCGCUCCAUUCUGGAGGUAAAAGCAGUCUGGGAUUGUUGAGACGACGCAGAGUAACCAAUCAACUGUUUCCGAAGAGACUCUUAACUUCUGAUUGUAAUCCUGCUCGUCACGGUAACCAGCUUCAUCACGGUCUUCUUUGGCGUUUUUUUUUUUUUUUUUUUUACAUGUGCACAUAUACAAUUCUAAAUUAGCUCCAUGCUAACACACCCGAACCACAGUUAACUUAAAAAAAGUACUUAAGAGCCGUUUUAGACGUCCCACCUGCUUCAUUAAAAACAAUUACAUGACCAUUGGCGAUUGGAGAGCAAAGAGCGACGUGCGGUGAGCGAAAUUUUUUUUUUUUUGGAUGUGAGGGGAAGUUCCCACCCACCUUGGUCUCUGAUUGGCUAGAAGUGCUGGGCUCCGAUUGGCUAUUCCUAAGGGCUGUGUAACUUCAUCGUCUGUCAGGUUAGGAGUAGGAGAUUCAGAAGUGCGAGCCCGUGUUGGCUUGAGCGUGUGAUGACCUUUCCAGCUCUUCUAGCCAAUCAGAGGCGAAGGAGGCGGGACUUUUCCCUACCAUCCAACAAAAAAAAAGAUAUUGCCGUGCAGUGAUGCUAGUCCUGAAUUUUCUGUAAUAAAGUAGCGCAAACAACAAAACGAGAGUUACAGAUAAAAAUUCAUAAAAUUUAUCGUCUUUAAUUAAAAGAAAUAUUAGAAACAUGAAAAAAGAUAAAAACUAACGAUCCACAAAAUCAGAAAUAUCACAAAAUCUGUUUAUAACUGGCUCUGCCGUGAAGGAAAUUGAAGCUCUUAUUUCGAAAAAGCUGGCCAGCGAAUUAAGUUAAAGUAGCCGCUUUUAUUCUGAAAAUCUGUCAGGUCACGUUUUCGGUGCCACUGUGUGAAAAUCCAAACGAGGACGCGUCAAACAAAAGAGCGACCAGGUGUUCGAACAUCAGAGCGAGCCAACUUUUUUUUUAACAAAUCGGCUUUAUCCGAUUUUACUUUCAAUUUGACGUUGUUUGACUUUUUCAAAAAGCCAAAAUACGCACAUGUGUGUGUGUCCUUUUUUAAAGGGACACAAUCCAAAACCUUCCUCCUCUUUCAGUCAGACCUGAUACCCACACUACAUUCAGGCUGAAUGUUUGUGUGUUUUGUCAUUUUUGUUCUCAGUUAAAGCUUUAUUCCUGGACAAAAACACCUCCACACACACACAUACACACACACACACACACACACACACACACACUCCUGCUGCAGCUGUUCAUCACCAUCCACCAAUCACACGCUGGCAAAUUUGAACUGGAGAGGCUGGAGUGCUUUUCUGUCCUGCAGCUGCAGCUUUGGCACGCUGUCAGACCUUUUACAUAACCUCUUCUUUUUCACGUCCAGAAUCUUAAAUUGAAGCAGAGAUGUGGACAGUCUGCUGAUGUGGAGAUGGUGGCUGAAAGCGUCCUCUAACUCUCCUAAAUGGGUUAAAAUUCACUAAAUCAAGAACAAAGAACCAUUUGAAAGCCUGUACUGUUUGCUUGAACCUGCUGAUGGGUACCAACCUCCUCCUCCUUCUUCGUCACCUCAACGCACAAACAAACCAAAUGUAGGAAUUUUUUUCUUAUUUUUAUUGAAGUAUGUUUUCACACUGCCAAGCUAUUGCCCCAAGUACGCGAUGAAGCUCACCUCCUCACUCCUAAAAGUGACGGGAACUUUUAAGACGUUUAUAGUUUUCAGUUGUUGAGGGUUUCAGCUUUCAUUAGGAUGUUGAAGUGCAGUUUAAGGCUGCAGUCAGACACGUUUCAAUAAUCUGAAGUUCUCUCUUUCCUGCAGAGACAAGAAAAGCACUUUUGACUCCGUAAGUUUGCAGCUGAAGAUUUGAGGCUUUUAUUUUGAAGCCAAACUGCAAAAGUUCAAUAAAAGUUAAAAUUCAGUUCUGGUAGAGUUUGGAAAUCUCUGAGUUUGCUGGCAGUUUUUUAACAUAACCUUAGCUUGAAUUUGUUUGGUUUCUUAAUUUGAAAUUCGAUUCAAAAUGGCUCUGAUUUGAUUUUUAAAAAAUUACAUUUUUUUUUAGACUUUUCAGACUUUCCAAAAUCAGUAUAACUAUAAUCUUGAUGUGCCAGAAAACUUCCAAAUUUCAAGGAUUUUCAGUAGGAAAACCAUUUUGAUCAGUUUGUUUUGCAUUAAGGGCCUGUUUCCAUCAACAACUGUCAAUUUCAAAAUACUUAUAUUUAAAGUUUUGACUGGCCAGUUGGGGUGAAGUGAAAUUUUUGGCUGUUAUUCAAAAGUUGAAUUAUUUUUAACAGAAAAUGCUGAUGCUAGGGGCCUUUGAGCUGCCCCUAGUAAAUGGACACAGGCCCUAGAGGGGGGUGGCUCUGAUUUUAUAAAAAAAAAAAAUAACAUUUUGUGGUUUUUUUUUUUAGACUUUUCAGACUUUCCAAAAUCAGUCAAAAUCAGAAAACAUUCCUAUUUCAAGGAUUUUUUAAGUAGGAAAACAAUUUGAUUGGUUUGUUUUGUAAGGGCCUGUUUCCAUCAACAACUGUCAAUUUCAAAACACUUUUAUUUAAUGUUUGGAUUGGCCAGCAUCAGCGAAGUGACAUUGUUGGCUGUUUUCCCAAAAAUUGAACUAUUUUUUACAGAAAACGCUGAAGCUGAGGCCUUCGAGCUGAAUUGUUAAUGGACACAGGCCCUAGUGAGGAUGGUAGCUACUGCCUAGAAGUCGAGUUUAAAGUGACAGAUCCAUAACUUUACUAUGUAGCCGGUAAAGUAGUGAAAAAAUUGACAAACUUGGGUUAAAAUGGAUGAUAUAACUCUGACCCGAAUGAUUCCUGUGCUCUGUAAGUUAAAGCACUGCCAGCAUAAACAUAUCCAAACUCUACUUUAUUAAAGUCUUUACUAUAGUUUUUAAAAUACUGCAAAUGAAAGCAGGAAACGGAGCAACUUUUGAUUAUGUCCUGAAUUCACUGGGUUAUCAACACUAUUUCCAAAACCAUCUUUGCUGCUCUUAAACUGAAUUAUUGUAGAUGAAAGAGUUUUUUUUGUGUGUGGUUGAAUCUUUAACGGGAGGGUAAAUCCAGUUCAUUUCCAUCAGCUCUACAAUAAUAAAAGUCAAUUUGUAGUUUUUGGUUGCAAAUGGCUUAAAAUACAAAAAAAUAUCAGUUUUUAUUCAUGGCAUGAAUGAUCAAAAUAAAGCACAAAAACACAAGUUUAGAGAUAAAGGUUGGAGUUACAGUCUGAAGUUAAUUUUUCUAUAAAAUACAGUUUCAUGGAAAUCGUUCUUCCUCAUCAGCCAUUAAGAAAACGGAAAUUUCUGGACUGUGUUCGAAAACAAUGUUGAAUUAAGGCUCUUGAAAGGCUUAUUUAAAUAUAAUUAAUAUUAUUUUAAGUGUUCAUGUAUCUUCUUUUUUUUCAGUUGUUCCACUUGUUUUUGAUAUAUUUCACUAAUUUUACUCGUCUACCAUUGUUGCGUAGGCAGCGUUUUGAAGAUUAUUUUCUUUUAAUUUGAAGGUUUUUGAUGAGAGAUGUUGAUGUGUACAUAAAUACAGAUGUUAUUAUUGGAAAAAAAUAUUUGCUUGCUUGAAAUAAUCAGCAAAUCUAGAUAGGAAAUAUUAGUGGAUGCUAUAUGUUAACAAAAACAAAAAAAUCUAUUCUUGUAAUCAAUCAAUUGGACUGGUGCUCAAAAAGUAACAAGAUCUACCUACUUAUAUGGCAUCCCAGACAGCCCAAAACAAACUUCCCAAAGUAAACUAACUGCUAACUGUUUGAUUAACAAAAGACUGUCAUUGAUAUAUAAAAAAACUUUUGAAAAAGUUUUGUAUUCAAAGAAGAAACAGACCAAAAACUGACUUGUACAUCACUGUGUUGAAGGAAAAAUCCACUUUAGAGUUCACAAAGAUCAGAUAAUUUUAAAGUUUUUGACUGAUGUAGAUCUAGUGAAUUUAAGGUCGUAUGUUGAGGACGCACCUUGAGGUAUUAUUAUGUUCAAGAACCUUUAAAUGCAUGAGACGGUUUUCAGUUCUUAUCCACUGCUUCUGAAUAAAAUAUUAUAAAGAGUAGCCUGAAUCUGGAAAAAAUACCAACUGCAAACAAACAUUUUUGACUCAGAUACACUGCCUAAUGCAUGUUAAAUAAAUCUGGUCUUUAAAAUGAUAACUAUCGAUGUAAACAGAUCAGUGAAAGCAAAGAAAACUGUUACCUGUUUGGAAGAUACAUCAUGGUGUCAUCGGCGUAGAGUGUGAGCUUUUUUCUGUAGUUUCAGAUUUUAUGACCUCAUUUACAAAGUUUCUCCAUUUACCUCAGAUUUUUUCUUAAACUCACAGUUAACUUGACAUUUUUUUUAUGAUUAAAAACUUUUAUUUAGUGACUAAAAGUCCAUGACUGAUCGAAGUGAUGAUUUGAUGAAGUUGGAAAAGUAGAAGCGAUGAUAACGACGGAGUAACAAAAACUGACGUGUGUGCGGGUGGAUUUUUCCUUUUUAACAGUUUUAAGUUAUAUUGUCUGCUCUCUCGAAUGUCCCUUCGAGGUUUAUUCAUCUGCGUCACUCCACUUUUUUUUUUUUUCCAAACUCACAAAGAAUGUAUUUGUUUUGAAGGGUGAAAAAGUGGCUGAAUGUGUCAGAAACACUCCGGAUAUUUCGCAGACUGUUUGUUGUAACUGGUGUGCAGAGCGGCAGCAGCCUCACAAACAACCCAAACAGAAUUUGUUUGAUUUAAUUCAAAACCUCAGAAAGCACUUGGUGUUUUUCCAUUUGAGAAAGACUUCCCCUGAGUUAAGAGUCCGACUAAAGCACAGCAGACAGCGGGUGAAAAAUCUAACUCAUUGAGUCUUCUCUGCUCUUAUUGUGUCUCCUUUCUCAAACAGAACGAAGUGUUUUCACUCAAAUUUGAAGGAUUUUAUUAACUGGACACCAACUUCACAGACUGUUUAGCUUCAAGACUUCGAUCUUUCUUGUUUUGUCGGUGUUGUUGUCAGGCUGCUGCUGCACACACUGCUGUCUGAAGUUCAUUUUGAAUCCAUGUAGAUGCAGUGAAGUUUGGGAAUGAUGGCUGGUUCUGAUGGUGUCCAAACUGUUUGAAAUAAAACACAAACUGGUUUUGAAGAUGGAAUAACCUAAAA